AUGUCCCUCAAGCUGCCCCGGAACUGGGACUUCAACCUGAGGAUGGAUGCUGCAAAAAUAGCUCGCUCCAGGAGCGUGAUGAGCGGGGAGGCGGCGGGCGGCGGGCGGGCGGCGUCCCCCGGGCCGCCGGAGCGGCCGCUGAAGCUGGGCUGGCUGAAGAAGCAGCGCUCGAUCGUCAAGAACUGGCAGCAGAGGUACUUCGUGCUGAAGGGACAGCAGCUCUACUACUACAAGGACGAGGAUGAGGUCAAACCGCAGGGCUGCCUGUCUCUCCAGGGAAGCACCAUCAAGGAAGUGGUCAGCAGCCCUGAGGAAGGAGGGAAAUUUAUCUUCGAGAUCAUCCCAGGAGUCUCUGGAGAUCACAACUGGGCAGGGCAGGACACCUGUGUGCUCAUGGCUAGCACCCAGUCGGAGAUGGAGGAGUGGGUUAAAUCCAUCCGGCGAGCGCUGGGGUCCUCCGGAGCGGUGUUCGGCCACAGCCUGGCAGAGACCAUGGCGUACGAGCAGAGGUUUGGGCAGCAGCAGGUGCCCCUCGUGGUGCAGAAGUGUGCAGAGUUCCUGCGGGCGCAGGGGCUGGCCGAGGAGGGCAUCUUCCGCCUGCCCGGCCAGGACUCGCUGGUGAAGCAGCUGCGGGAGGCUUUCGACGCCGGCGAGAGGCCUUCCUUCCACAGGGACACAGAUGUGCACACUGUGGCCUCUCUGCUCAAGCUGUACCUACGGGAGCUGCCCGAGCCCGUGGUGCCCUGGCUGCAGUAUGAGGACUUCCUGCGCUGCGGGCAGGUGCUGGAGGUGGAUCAGAGACAGGGCCAUCAGGAGCUCCUCAAGCAACUCUCUCUCCUUCCCAGAGACAAUUACAACCUCCUCAGCUAUAUCUGCAGGUUCCUACACGAAAUACAGCUGAACUCCAGCAUCAACAAGAUGAGUGUGGAUAACCUGGCAACAGUGAUUGGAGUGAACCUCAUCAGACCCCAGAUAGAGGAUCCUGCAGUUAUUAUGAGAGGCACCCCACAGGUCCAGAAAGUGAUGACUGUGAUGAUAAGUGACCAUGCAGAACUCUUUCCCCCAUCCAAAGAUGUUCCACUCUCCCCUCCUGCCCCCCAGCAAGACAAGAAGGCUCCCAUCCCACGCAGCUCUGUGGGCUGGGAUGCUGCAGAGGACCCUGCGGUGCCCAGGGCACAGAGCUUGAUCCAGAGGCAAACGAGAGGUAACCCAAGCUCCAGAAGUCCUCCUGGACCAGCUGUGAGCUCCAAUGCACCUGGAGAAGAGAACAGCUCCAAAGAUCUGGGGCUGUGGAAAAUGCAGCCAAGGAAAAGAACUCAAACUGUACCUAACAGGAAAACCUUCCUGGCAGCUGCUUCUCCAGGGGAGAAAGGCAGCAGUCACAAAAGUGACAGCUGGAAAAGCUGCCCUGGGAGCAGCCUGGGCUCUGUGUUCCCUGAGGGACACAAGAGAACGUUGUCUCAUGAUCUUUUUAAGCUGCUGGACCUUCACAGGACUUCGACCUAUGACAAUGUUCCUGCCCCCCAGGCAGAGAAGGGGGAGGACAGCAGCUCCAGCCCUCCCAGCCCUGGCUCUGACAAGGAAUUCCUCCCCUGCCCCAGCCCCAGCCCCAGUCCCAGCCCCAGUCCCAGCCCUCAGCCAAAGGAAAUGGCCAGUCCCACCAGCAGCCCCACAGAGGUCUCCAAGGCCGACCAGGAGAGCAGAGAGUUCCUGCAAAGCAUGAUCCUGAAGCUGGAAAAAGAGAUGGAGGCACAGAAAAAUGACUAUGAGGAACAAAUUAGAAGUCUUGAGAAGGAAAACUAUGAAGUUUGGGCCAAAGUGGUGAGACUGAAUCAGGACAUAGAGAGGGAGAAGAAGAAGUCUGAGGAGCUGGAGCUGAAGCUGGUGACCAUGGAGCGCUCACGGGAGAACAUGGAGAGGAAGAACAAGCUGCUUGAGGAGGAGAUUAAGAACCUCUCUAAAUCCACCAGCAAAACUGAUGCCAAAAGCAACUAA